CUGUACGCAUCAUUGUCGUCUUCCUUCUAGGCCUCGUCGUCGUCUUCUCCUCUUGUACUGUUUUUUUAUAUCUUGCUUAAGCAAGGCCAUUCGUUUGAUCCAUCUAAGCCUUGGUUUCUUCUCCCCCGGUUUCCCCGCCUUCUCCGUCGUCCAUCGCUUUCCCCCGGUGUAGCUUACGGUUGCAUGCUGUCGCAUUGCUUCACUUCGACGCCUGUUCACAACUGAGUGUUGUCGCUUCUCAAACGUUCGCUUUUUAAGGUCGCCAAUCUGGCGGCAAUGCUUGACAUAUAAUCAUAAUUAUCGGCUUUUCCUCCACGUUACCAAUGGGCAAAUGGCAUUAUGGCAUCGUCCUGGAUGCGGGAUCAUCUGGGACUCGCGUGCACGUCUAUCGGUGGUUGGAUCCCGCUAUUGCUCGCAAGCACGCUAAAAGUGAUGAGUUGAAAACAUUACCGGAGCUCAAAACAAAAUCGGAAUGGACGAAAAAGAUACACCCUGGCGUGUCAUCGUUCGCCGACAGACCCGAGGCAGUAGGCCCCGAUCAUCUUGCGGAACUUUUCGAUCAUGCGCGCAAGAUCGUCCCCGCCGAUCAGAUAAAGGAUACUCCGAUCUUUUUACUAGCCACUGCUGGGAUGCGACUCUUACCCAAUCGUGAUCGCGAGCUUCUUUUACAACAGAUCUGCUCCUACGCCAGCAAGAACUAUGAUUUUCUGCUUCCUGAUUGCGGUGUGCACAUUCAGGUCAUCCCAGGGGUGACAGAGGCCCUCUACGGAUGGAUCGCAACCAAUUAUUUGCUGGGCAGCUUCGAUGAACCGAAAGGACAUGAUCAUGGCAAGGGCCAUCAUACUUAUGGGUUCUUGGAUAUGGGUGGUGCAUCCGCGCAGAUUGCCUUUGCGCCAAAUAUAACCGAGACCGAGAAGCACGCGAAUGACCUGACUCUACUUCGGCUGCGAAACAUUGACGGUUCCACCCAGGAGCAUCGGGUUUUUGUGACAUCUUGGCUUGAAUUUGGCGUGCACGAAGCUCGGAGACGUUAUUUGGAGGCCCUACAAACCGCAGCCGGAAUCGCGAAGGAACUUCCCGACCCGUGUCUCCCCAAUGGGCUUCGAACCACAAUCAACGGCAAACCUCUGCGGACCGACGACACCUCAGAGUUAUCUCUGCUGGGAACUGGGCGAUUCGACGAAUGCUUGCGACAAACAUACCCGCUUUUGGACAAGGAUGCGCCCUGUUCGGAUGAACCUUGCCUUCUUCACGGAGUACAUGUCCCUGCUAUUGACUUUGAUGUGAAUCAUUUCAUCGGUAUCAGCGAGUACUGGCAUACGACGCAUGAGAUCUUUGAAAUGGGACACAAGGACAAAGCGUACGAUUUCAACACUUAUCAACAGCGGGUACAACAGUUCUGUUCACAAGAUUGGGAAGCCAUCGAUCAGAAUAUAGAAAAACAGUCGUGGGGAAAGAAGGUCGAUCGGGAAUCGGCUUCCGAGGUCUGCUUCAAGGCUUCAUGGAUCAUCAAUAUGCUGCACAACGGCAUCGGUAUCCCUCGCGUGGGUCUCGAGGAUACUACUGGUUCAGGUCACAACGGAACCAAGGAAGUUCUCUCCCAUGGCAAGGAGAAAGGAUUCCUUGAUCCUUUUCAAGCGGUUCACAAGAUUCACUCCACUGAAGUUAGCUGGACACUGGGUAAAAUGGUGCUUUAUGCAUGCUCUGAGGUUCCAGUGGAAGUCCAAGAAGCUCAAGAGACACUCCCGGUUGGCUUUGGCAGCAAUGUUGCAGGUGUCCCCAAUGACUUCCAAUAUCCUAGCGUCGAGUUAUUUCCCAGCAAUGAGUCGCUUCACGUUGCGAAUUGGCACGAUGCGCUCUUUGAUGGUGAUUCUUCGCGCAGGGUUCCGGGAUUCCUACUUUUCCUGGUUAUUAUUGCAAUGGCUGCAUUCUUCCUCUGCGGCCGGAGUCGUCGACUGAGAGGUUACCACAUGUUCAAAAAUCUCUUCAAGCGCGGAGGUGGGCCUCAUCCGAGCUACCCCAGGAAGCGGAGAACCUUCCCUGGCAAAUUACCAUUCUUCGGCGGCAGCUCACAUUCAUACGAGCGCGUUCUUGAAGACGGUGCCCAUGAAAUUGACCUGGGUGUGGUAGGCUCCGGUCGUGGCUCUCUGGACAGAAGACACUCCUCGGAUACGGAUUCGAGUGGCUUCGUGCCUCCGAAGCGAACAACAACCUGGAGCGGUCCAACCACUCCUAGUUUCAAGUUUGGAUUGGACAAUUCGUCCACAUCGACCAUCGGGCUGGGAAUCACCGCUGAUUCUGGCGUCAAUGCCAUGGAUCGUGCCGGGUUGGUCGUGAGGACGGAGAGUAGGGACCACCUGGCUCCAGUAGCACUAGGCCCGACUACAAACGGCCGUCGCUCUAGGACAGGCAGUCCGACGAGAUCUCAGAGAUCACCCAAUAUGACUCCCCUAAAUCAAGACUAAUGAUCAUACUUUUUAAUUUGCAUAUCGUUUGGCGUUACGGUACGGUUUCCAUCGUCGUCUCCUGCAUCUGAAAACUUUUAUUCCUCGGUGACCUGCACUUCCCUGUCGCUCUUCGAUUCGAUUCAGAUGUUGAAUUGCUUUCUACUUUCCUUCGUCAUUCUAUAUUACGAUCUUGUGCUCCGGAGUACAUAGCUGCUGCUUUUGUUCCGACGUCUUUCUGCUAGCCGUUCUCUGGGAUGAAUUUGGCUUAUACGUUUUAACGAGGUUUCAUGUAUCAUAGACUCGAAAUCACCUAUAUAGCACGUCCAUAAUAAGCUGAAG